AUGUCGAGAUCGGCUCACGCGUCUCUCGUUGUUUGUGCAGCCCUGUUGGCAUUUGCAACCGGACUCCAGGAUAACUCGAGCGUAUCGUGGCCAUCGCUGAAGUUCCACUUCUCGGUCAAGCGAGUCGCUACCGAAAUUCACGGUAAAUCUGAAUUUUCCGUGUUCGCCCACCCCGUUCAAACACCUGGAGAUCCUACGCACGUGCUGUACGACACCUUCACGUCCUUCGUCGAAGACAACACGAUGUACAACUACUCGCUGGUGGACAGUGUGGCGUACGUUUAUCGCCGUUCCGUGACUGGAGGGGAUGACCCGAUGGUGAGUUGUAUGGAUGCCGAUACUUUGCCACCGAUCAAUUCGAUCGUGGCAGCGCUCAGUGACGCCGAGGCCGUGUCGAAAAUUACGGCUGGUGAUGGCCGCGUGAUUCCGUGUACGAGUGGUGACUCUUUCAAGGUGUCGGUGGAUACCGUGGACUUUGGCAUGUGUUUCUUCGGGUCCCGAGGGUUCAAGAUGUUUGGCAGUGAUAUGGACAUCGAAGUGGAGUACUUGAAAAAGCGUCUGCUGAUACGGGCACCAAAGCUCGAUGACAGUGCAGAAGAGGAGUGUGAGCCGACGAUUUUGCCGAGUCCGGUCACAUCGAUUGGAGAAUCCUUCUUGACCGGGAGCCCUGUUGUGGCAGAAGACAGAAUUCUGGAGAAAGCAUUUGGUGUAUUCUUGGAUGAUCAGUGCUCGUGCAGGUCCGCGCUGCGUCCGUGUAUAUUCAUCCACGGUCUUGGAGUUCAUGUUGAGAAGGAGGAGAAUGUUGACUCGUCAACUUACUGGGGCAAUCUGACAGGCCACACGCCGUGCUGCUCGUCGAUCAAGUACGCUAUGCUCAACACGGUGAAUAACUCGUGGACAGACGAUCUUUUACAGGAGAAAGUGUGCGAUCGUGCAUUGUCGGUGAGCAACUCCAGCAACGGAUCCACGAUUUCUGAUACCAUCAUCAUUACGCACUCGAUGGGCGGUCUUAUGGUGGCUGGUGCGAUUGCUAACAAAAAGUGCGAGCUUGCCAGCAGCACGACAUGGGUGGCCACUGGAUCACCACUGUCCGGAAGCAUGGCGUCUGACUACUUCCAAGAGUCGUGCAAGGACAACACCAAUGUUAUCAUGGAGAGAUACGCUGACCAGACAAAGCAAUGCCCGGCAGGCGAAGGGAUCAAGUCGAUCGUGUACCAAAAUGAAAGUUAUAGCACUCCCGAGCUCAAUGCGCAGUACAAGGCUGCACAGAAAGCGUACCGACAAAAUGUGUACGCAGCAAUGUGUAGCAACUCGUACAUCGGUGUCCUGUCAUCCUACCAGCUUCGCUUCUGGGUUGCAGGGAAUCUAAUUCCACACAAAUCAGCAGAGAAUGAUGGUGUCGUCGAAUUUAAAAGCUGCGCUGGAGGCAUACCACUGGACAAGUUCGGCGACGAUUACCGUAAUCGCUUCUACGUGACCGGACUAAAUCAUUUCGACGUGUCUUUUAAAGCAGGCGACUCGCUUUUGGAUAACUCCAAGAUGCCAGUGAAAUGGUUUGAGUGCUUGAUGUAA